AAACAAAACAAAAAACAAAACAAAUAAAAAAAAAAAACCACUGUGUGUGUUUGUGUGUAAGUCUUGUUUUUCUUCUCCUUUCUUUUCAACCUUCGUUGUCUUCACAGUGAAUCUUGUAGCGAGAUAAGCGCCUGCUCCUUCGGCAUUUCCGCCACUUUUCAAUGUUGUUUUUGUGAAUAUUAUUUAUUUACUUAUUCAUGGAAGAUACUGAAGCAGCUUCAUCUUUCAAAAUGAACAAUCAUAUGGAACAAUUAACCAUACCACAGUUUAAUGCAUCAUCACAAUCACAAAUGCGAACUGUUACUAGAAAUCAUCAUCAUAAUCAAAGAGGAGGUGGUAUACCACCAUCUCACCCACACCAGAUCCCACCUAUUUCACCUUACUCUCACAUGAACAAUCAGAUCCCGGUUUCACGGCCGCAAAUGCCGUCGCACAGUACAAGUCCUACACCUUCCCACACACGAUCACUCUCUCAACCCUCUUUUUUCUCUCUCGACUCUCUUCCACCUCUCAGCCCUUGCACGUUUCGCGAAUCUUCCUCCACGUCGGAUCAUGCUGACGUGUCCAUGGAAGAUCGUGACGUCACUUCUCAUUCUCCGUUACCUCCGUUUGCUGCUAGAAACCCUUCUUUACCGCCGAGAAAAUCUCACCGGCGUUCUAACAGUGAUAUUCCGUUUGGAUUUUCUACUGUUUUGCAGUCUUCGCCGCCGUUGAUUCCGCUGAGAGGAAGGGAAGGUGUUAAACCUAAUUCUUCUGUGGUGAAAAGGGAAACGAAUUGGGAACAUGGUAAUGUAGAGGAGAAGAAAUCGUUGUCGCCGGAAGGUGAAGUUGUGGAUGAUCUUUUUUCUGCUUAUAUGAAUUUGGAUAACAUUGAUGCAAUUAACGAUGAUAAAAACGCGGCUACUGAUGAUAGUAGAGCGAGUGGGACGAAGACUAAUGGUGGUGAUAGUAGUGAUAAUGAAGCUGAAAGUAGUGUUAAUGAGAGUGGGGAUAGUAUGCAGAGGAGGGAAGGGAAUAAGAGAAGUGCAGGAGGUGAUAUUGCACCGACUACGAGACACUAUAGGAGUGUUUCGAUGGAUAGUUUUAUUGGGAAGUUGAAUUUCAAUGAUGAGUCUUUGAAGAUGCCGCCUUCCCCUGGAGGGUUGAUGUCGCCUGGUAAUUCGGGGGAUGGGAAUAAUGCGGCUUUUAGUUUGGAGUUUGGGAAUGGUGAGUUUAGUGGGCCAGAGUUGAAGAAAAUUAUGGCUAAUGAGAAACUUGCUGAGAUUGCUAUGGCUGAUCCGAAGCGGGCUAAGAGGAUUUUGGCUAAUAGGCAAUCGGCUGCGCGUUCCAAAGAGCGCAAAAUGCGAUAUAUUUCGGAGCUAGAACACAAGGUUCAGACUCUGCAGACUGAAGCCACUACACUUUCUGCACAACUUACUUUGUUGCAGAGAGAUUCAGUUGGACUCACUAACCAGAAUAGUGAGUUGAAGUUCCGCCUUCAAUCCAUGGAACAGCAGGCAAAACUCCGAGAUGCUCUGAAUGAGGCGCUUACUGCCGAGGUUCAAAGACUGAAGAUUGUUACAGCUGAGCUGAAUGGGGAGUCACUUCCUUCUAACUGCAUGAUUCCGCAACAUUCUGUCAACCCUAUGAUGUUCCAACAACAGCAUCAGCAUCAGCAGCAUCAACAACAACAGCAGCAGAAUGGUAAUGCCAACUCAAAGAAUGAGUUAAAGCAAUAGGUUGGAUUGGAGGUCGUGCAUACGGUUCUUAAUAUAUUUGUUACUGUUUCAUUGCACUCAGUUUCACAUAUUUACAGAAGUAUUCCUUAGUUGUUAUGGUCGUAAGUUCGAUUCGCAAUGCCUAUCUAGCUCGGUCACAAAGUCUAUAUACAAGUCCUAAUUCCUGUCUUAUAUUUAAAUAUAGCUCAUAUUUAAUUUCAGUACAUAUCUGAAAUUGUAAGCAUUAUUUGAACAUGAUUUGUUUUAUGAUAACAUUUAGAUGAAGUCACAAAUUUUAUUUUUUGGUAAAUAA